CAAAAAGUGGUAAAAAAUGUUUAUUUGGUUUCAAUCCAGCCCAGGCACGGGUUGUUGGGCUCCCCAGAGGUGCUCUGGGUGCGGGGCCUUCUUUGGAAAGGAUCAUUUUGCUCUUAGUCACUGCGCAGGUAGUGUUACAGGAGGUGUGCGCUGGCAGCCAGCCUGAGUCCACCCCGCUCCUCGCUGAUUGCCAGAAAACUAACGAGCAAAUACUUCCGCUUUCAUGCUGUUCCCUCCCCUCCGGCUGGACCUGCAACCUGUCCCAAGGCUGUGUUAGGGACAAACUGGAACUUCUGGGGAAGCAGCUUGGGUAAAAAGAGUGACCCAGUGAAGUAAAACCGAGCGAAGGAGGGCUGGAGGGGCCACCCUGCAUGCGGGGCAGGAGCUGAGCAGAAAGUAUCGGGUUUUGUCGUGUCGACGAGCCACUGCCUGCCUUCUUCCCACCGUGGGUCUCGGGGAGAUGAGCAUUUCGUCGGAGCACAAGCCCCUCGGGAAGCAGGUCACUGGCAGCCUGCACACGGUGAGUAAGCUGUCACCAAUCGUGGAGCUGAACGUCGGUGGGGAGAUGUACACGACGACACUCAGCACCUUAAAGAAACACCCUGGCUCCAAGCUGGCAGAGAUGUUCACCGGCCAGCCCAAACUGAGGAGAGACUCAGAAGGAAGGUUCUUCAUCGACAGGCCGGGGACCUAUUUCAAAUACAUCUUGGAAUACCUGCGCAGCAAUCAAGUGCCCACCCAGUGCAUCCAGGACGUCUACAAGGAGGCGUUGUUCUACGACAUCGAGCCUCUAAUCAAGCAGCUGGAGGACUCCCCGCAGAUCUUUGGGGAACUCGUGGCGAGGAAGCAGUUCCUGGCCCGCGUGCCCAACUACAGUGAGAACAUCGAACUGAUGAUCCGCAUCGCGAGGGCAGAGGCGGUUGCGUCCCGCUGCUCCGGCGUCAUCGUGUGCGUUGUCAGAACGGAGGAGGACGCAGCCAGGUGUCAGGAUGCCUUGAACAGUUUGGACAUGGACAAAAAAUCCGUGGUGAAAUUCGGCCCAUGGAAGGCAGCGCCAAGCAUUUCUGAUUUGCUGGACUGCAUUCAAAUGGAUGUUGAAGCCAAAGGGUACAAAAUAUCCUUUCAGCCCCACGUUGCUGAGAAAGGUUUUCGCUUCAAAUCACACGACUUCUUCUACAAAUUCCUGUUCACCUGGUGGUAGCAAAGUGCCACCACUGAUGGAGAGCAGAAGAAAGCUACUAUUUAAACAAAUUUACUUAGGCUAUGGAGACUGUGGGCCCACAAAAAACUCUCUGGUUGUUUGCCAAACUAAAGAUCAUGUAAAAGUCACUGUUUUGUUGGGCUUUAGGGGAUAACAGAACAAUUUAAAGGUGUGUGUCUUGAAAUGCAGUAUGAUGUUUUCCAAAAUGUUUAUUCCUUUUGUGUCCUUUGGCCACUAGUACUGACUAUAUUGAGAAGUAACACGCUCUGCAGAGCCAGCCCAGCUACCAGGAAAAGGAGGAAAUUUAAUUCUGUUGCCAACAAUUAGAUUAAUUGAGGGAGCCAGAUUUUAGGGUUGAGCCAAUCUCACUCAACCUAAGGGAAAUAAAUAAUCCCAAAUAUCUCUUGUGGACAUGCGUCAUUAGUCUCAGUACAAACAGGAACAGACUGCUGCCUUAUGUCCACGCUUGUUACUAGGGUUAAGAGCAGCACAUGGACUUGUCCCCUGUAGUCAGCUUUAUUUUCUUUCAUAAAUACCAAGACCUAGAGUCUAUUCACACUGACAUGCUGACCUCAGACCCUUCUCCUUACUUUGAACAACCAUAUGUUAGGAUCUGCUGUACCAGAAGCUGCACAGUGUAGCAGCCACAGUUACUGAUAAACACAGACAGUAUUGACUAUAAAGGACACAGACCAACCUCUAAAUACUAGCUCACAUUUGCAGUGUUGAAAAAAAAAAAAAAAAAAAAAAAAAAACAAUUUUGUAAAGCAACAGAUCAAAUUUGGAAGCAGUUUUGAGAGAGAAGACAGAAGUACAUAAAAUCUUUCCUCUGAUUAAUACUUUACUGUUUCUCAUGAAUAAUAAUCAUAAUUAUAAUCAGCCAUCAUCUGAACUAUGAAAAAAAA